UUUAUUGUAUCCCAUUCUGCAAUUGAUACUGCAACGAUGGAAAUCAAAAGGGCUCAGAAGCGAAGCCGUAAUAUUGGAGAGCUGAAGGAUGUAAAAACGUGUUUUAGUGACACCAUGCAUAAGUAAGACAUCGUGUCACCGGAGGCUGACCAGGACGGCCAACAUAGGCGGACAACGGUCUGGAAGAUUGUUUUUGGACAAGCUUAUGUGGAAAGGGAAGUCUGCCUGUGGCUAACAACAACCUCAUCUGACAGUACGAAAGGUAGCUCAGUAUGAGUCGAGAUGUAUGGACCAAGAAGAAAGCUAAUGCCAGUGGGGACAAUGGUUGGGCAGAGAGGGUGAGUACAAGGUGGUUACAUGGCUGCCAAGGUGUCCAAAUUGGAUGAGCAGUUCAAGAGUGACGCUCCCCGAGAGCAACAAAGGGGAGGGUCAACCAACAUUUUCACCGGGGUGGCCAUUUAUGUCAAUGGAUACACAGAACCAAGUGCAGAUGAACUCCGCAGACUGAUGAUGCUCCACGGCGGCCAGUUCCACAUCUACUAUUCUCGCUCCAAGACCACCCACAUCAUUGCCAAUAAUUUGCCAAAUAGCAAAAUUCAGGAGCUGAAAGGAGAAAAAGUCAUCAAGCCCGACUGGAUCACAGACAGCAUCAAAGCUGGGCGUCUCCUCCCUUACUUGCACUACCAACUGUACGCUAAACACAAGGGUUCACUAUUCCCUGGAAUAAAGCUGCGUCGGACCUCAGAGACUGCUGGACCCAGUCAUCACACUGUUUCUAACCAGGACAACUCAACACCCAGCAGCAAACAAAAAGGCUCCCACCUUCGCUCCCACCAGAAGAACACUUCACCUCACCCAUCCUCAGCAUCCAUCAACCCUGAGCUCAGCCCCCAUUUGCCAUCCAACCAGAGCCCCUUUAAGCACCCACAAAGAGCAGACCAACCUCAGCCUCAGGCCAACGCCUCCCGCAGUAUGCAUCAGAGUAGACACAAGGAAGUGGAAUUCAGAGUAAAUGGAUCAUUGCAGACCUCAGAAGGCUUAAUGCCAGAUUGCAUCAAAGCCCCUUCCCACCUCACCAAUGGACACACUCAUCUUAUUAACAGUGCCUUGAAGUCAAAUGACCCUGAUACAGAUACAAACAGCAUCACAAUCCCUGGAAAUCAACCUUCAAGGACCAAACCAGACCCAUAUGAGUUUCCCAGCAGCCCUCCAAAGCAAUCCGACCUGUCGUCUGCCUGUGUUGAGGAACCAUGUUCAAAAGACGAACAGAGACUUAAACCCCCGCUGUCCACUGAAAGCCACGGACUCUCGCCGCACAUCUCUUGUCAAGUUGCCUCAAACGUUGACAAAAUGUCUCAUUCCCCACUAUCCCAUCCACACUCUCCUGUGCGUCUAAAUGGUAGUCACCCCAAUGCCUUUUCAUCCCACCCUGCCACGGAAAGCAACUCAACUGUCCAACCUCAUUCCAAAACACCGCAGUCAGAGUCUUCGGCCCAGCUGUCAGCACAGACGGGCAGUUUGAUCUCUGAGUUCUACGCCCACUCCCGUUUACACCAGAUCUCCACGUGGAGGACCGACUUCUCCGAAUACGUCAACGAACUACACAGCAAGCGAAAAGCCACUGGUGGUGCCUCAUUUCCCGGGAAAGAGCGACUUCGGAAAUUGGUGGCACAGCGCGCGCUUGAAAGCCAAUGUACACAGACACGUUUCAGUGUUAAAUCCUGCAUUCUUCAUGUGGACAUGGAUUGUUUCUUUGUUUCCGUUGGGAUCCGACAUCUGCCGGAACUCAAAGAUAAGCCUGUCGCUGUGACUAGUAACCGUGGACAUGCGCGCGUGCCUUUAAGACCAGGGGUCAACCCACAGCUGGAGCAGCAAUACUACCAGAUGAAACAGAGUGUGGCUCAACCUGGUAAGGAAUUGGAGUGUUUACAUGGUGCUGCUCCACAAGCGAUGCCACCAGAGAGACAUACCAAUGGAGUCGACAAGGAUGCUGCUCUUUCCAUGGCAGAGAUCGCAUCCUGUAGCUAUGCUGCAAGACAAGCAGGUGUGAGGAAUGGGAUGUUUUUUGGCAAAGCCAAACAGCUAUGUCCCGCCCUGCGGUCUGUCCCAUAUGACUUUGACGCCUACAAAGAGGUGGCCCUCACCAUGUAUGAGACGUUGGCUGGUUACACUCAUGACAUUGAGGCUCUGAGCUGUGAUGAAGUGCUGUUGGAUGCCUCUGCUCUGAUAGCAGAGUUGGGUAUAAACCCAGAAGAUCUGGCCAAGGCCAUCCGAGCGGACAUCAAGGAGAAGACAGGAUGCUCUGCUUCCAUUGGCAUGGGGUCCAACAUCCUAUUGGCUCGGCUUUCGACGCGUAAAGCCAAGCCAGAUGGGCAGUACUUCUUAAAGUCAGAGGAUGUGGACGAUUUCAUCAGGGACCUGCCAGUGACCAGCUUGCCAGGAGUCGGCCCCGCUAUGGGCAAAAAGCUUGCUGCUAUCGGUGUUAAAUCAUGCGGGGAGCUGCGGCAGGUGUCUUUAAGUCAGCUGCAGAAAAAGUUUGGGCCUCGCUCAGGACAAACGCUGUUCCGCUUCUGUAGGGGUAUCGAUGAGCGUCCCGUCCGCUACGAGAAGGAGCGGAAGUCGGUGUCAGCGGAGAUGAACUACAACAUACGCUUUAAAAAGGUUGACGAGGCAGAGAGUUUUCUGUCCAACUUGUCCAUGGAGGUGCACAGACGUCUUCAAGAAGCUGGACUGAAAGGACGCAGAGUGACCCUGAAGGUUAUGGUCCGCAAGGAGGGUGCACCACAAGAGUCGGCGAAAUACGGCGGCCAUGGCAUAUGCGACAACUUUGCCAAGACAGUGAUGCUUGCACAUUGCACUGAUAGUAGCCAGCUGAUUGCGGCCACAGUCAUCAAGAUGUUCCACACUAUGAAGUUACCAGUGCAGGACCUCCGGGGUGUCGGCAUCCAGGUGCAGCUUCUUGAGGGUAAUCACUCUGUUCCCACCAACACCAACGGCCUUCGAAUGCGCUCCAUCAAAGACAUGUUGCUCGGCCAGGUGGCAACAAGCAGCAGCAGCAGAGAGUCUGAUGACAACAGACAGGAAAAGACGCUGCCUGUCAGAGCUGCAUCGCCCAGGCUCCAGUCUUUGUCCCCAGUCCCAGGAACAAGCAAAGACCAUCAACCAUGCAGACAAACACCAAAACAUCCCAAAACACGCCUCGACUUCAGCAUUUUAGUCCCCUCUCCCUCACAGGUGGAUCGGUCCGUAUUGGAGGCCCUGCCCGCAGAGCUGAGGGCACAAGUGGAGCAGUCGUGGCAAAUAAACCACCGCUGUACACCCAGUCCACAGCCACCGAGUCUUCAAUCAUGCGUGGUCUCUCCUUCUUGUCCUCCUCCUCCUCCUCCUGCUGCUGCUGCUGCUGCUGCUGCUGCUUAUGGACCUGCACUGAACAAACAGCCUGCCGGAGCAUUGGUGCUGCAGAUUCCAAACCAUCCUGACAGUUUUGGAAUCGUUUUGGAGCUGCCCAACUACUCCCAGGUCGACCCAGAAGUGUUUGCUGCCCUUCCUAAAGAGCUCCAGGAGGAACUGAAGUCAGCCUACAACUGUUUUACAAAUAACCAGCCUGAGACAAAAAUAUUGGAGCAGAAGAAUGCACUUUUACAGCUAAAGCAGCCAGUCGGAGCUGGCGUCGGACGACUGAAGCGGCGCAACAAGAGGAAGAACGCAAUAAGCCCCGCCAAAAACGGGCCAUCCCCUCAGAAGAAGUACCGCCCAGCAAACAGCCCUGCCAUAACUGCACCGCCUUUUACUAAACUGAAGAAACCAAUGAAUGUCGUAAAGACUGAGAAUGGAGGUCCUUCCACAUCGUCUUCAAAGCAAGACACCUCAGAGUCUUUGCCAAAGUCCAUCCUUCGCCCUACUCCAGCGCUGGCUGGAGCAUCUGAGCUGCCAGAUAUAAAAACACUCUUACGUGAAUGGGUGACCACUAUAACAGACCCCAUGGAGGAGGACAUCUUGCAGGUGGUAAAAUAUUGCACUGAUCUGAUCGAGGACAAAGAUCUGGAGAAGCUGGAUCUGAUCAUAAAAUACAUGAAAAGGCUCAUGCAGCAGUCGCUGGAGUCCGUGUGGAGCAUGGCCUUUGACUUCAUCGUGGACAAUGUGCAAGUGGUUGUGCAACAAACUUACGGUAGCACCCUGAAGAUAACAUGAACAUACAUUACUCUUUUUCACCUUUUUGUAUUUCUUACUCUUUGGCUAACACAGAAAUCUCAGCUUAUUUCUUACAUAGCAUGAGACCUGCAAAAGCCAUGUAUUCAAUCAGUUUGUGUAACUGCAGAAUUUUGUGUAUGCACUCUUUUAAAGGCAAGCUGAAUGGCAGAAAUGUGCCUAAAAAAGUGAUCAUCCUCUUGUAAUAUUGUGCAUGUUAAUUUUUCAAUUAUGUACAUGUAUUUUAAUUUCCUCUUUAACGACUUUAUGUCCCUUAAAAAGCUUUUUAAAAGUCUUUUUUAAAUCAUCUUUUACAAAAAAAAGUGCCAAAUGUUUGUCAUUUGUAAAGUAUGUAAAUAAUGUUUUAUAGGGUCUCAUAUGUAUGUAAAGGGUUACUGUUUACAUGUAGCACAUGCUUAGUAACUGUCUGAAAAACUGUGGACCUUUUUCAGAGUUUGUAAAGAAAGCACUUGAGGUUACUGUUAAAAGAUUGUCACUCCUCUUGGGAAUCUGAUCAGUAAGCAGCCUAUGCAUUUUUUGUGCAAUAGAGUGAGACAUCUUCUUAAGGAUAACAACACAUUUAAUUACAUCGUUGGCUGGAAAAAAACAUUUGCAAGAAGUGAUAUGAAAAGUAAUUUCACGACGCACUAAACGUGCUUGGCCCAAAAUUGUAUUUCUAUAUGCAAAACAAAUCAGUCUCAUUUUUGCAACUUUUUGACAAUGUGUUUCAGAAGAGUUGUUGCUUCUCUCUCCCCCCCCCCUUCUGUGUUUGUGAAGUUUUAUCUUCUCUAUUCUGGCUUGUGCCUGAAGACCUGAAGCUGUGAACGAUUUUUAAAGCUUGUUAGUAAUAAACUGCAACUGAUAUUUAAUUUUGCUGGUCUAAGUUACUUAAAGUACACUGAUAUAAUGCAAAAUGAUGACCUUUUACGAUGUGGAAUA